AGCCUCCCACAGGAGAGAAACAAACCCAAAAAACUCAACAAGAACCAGCUGCAAGGGCCCUUUAAAUGCCCAAGCCCCACCCCUGCGCCUGGCCUGCCCUGCCGGGAAGUGAUCCCUAGGGCUGGGUAAAGGCGGCUCCCUCUUCGAGCUGAGGCGUCAGCUGCAGCCAGCCACACUUCUGGAUGCUUCUGAAGGCAAAAGGCAACUCAUCUCAGGCCUCUCGGACUUUGAGCUCCCACAUCCGCAGUAGGGGCAGGGGAAGCUUCACAGACAGGUGAGCUCAGGAGUCACCAUGGCAACUGAAGAGUCCAUCAUCCGCAUCCCACCAUACCACUACAUCCACGUGCUGGACCAGAACAGCAAUGUGUCCCGCGUGGAGGUUGGACCGAAGACUUACAUCCGGCAGGACAAUGAGAGGAUCCUGUUUGCCCCUGUGCGCAUGGUGACUAUCCCCCCACGCCACUACUGCACAGUGGCCAACCCGGUGUCCCGGGACGCUCAGGGCUCUGUGCAGUGCGACGUCACAGGGCAAGUACGGCUCCGCCACGCUGACCUGGAGAUCCGGCUGGCCCAGGACCCUUUCCCCCUGUACCCAGGGGAGGUGCUGGAAAAGGACAUCACCCCACUGCAGGUGGUUCUGCCCAACACCGCCCUCCACCUUAAGGCGCUGCUGGAUUUUGAGGAUAAGAACGGAGACAAGGUGGUGGCCGGAGAUGAGUGGCUGUUUGAGGGACCCGGCACGUAUAUUCCCCGGAAGGAGGUGGAGGUGGUGCAGAUCAUUCAGGCCUCCGUCAUCAAGCAGAACCAGGCCCUGCGGCUGAGGGCCCGCAAGGAAUGCUGGGACCGGGACGGCAAGGAGAGGGUGACAGGAGAAGAAUGGCUGGUCCGCUCCGUGGGUGCCUAUCUCCCAGCAGUGUUUGAGGAGGUUCUGGAUGUGGUGAAUGCUGUGAUCCUCACAGAAAAGACAGCCCUGCACCUCCGGGCCCGGCAGAACUUCCGAGACUUGCGGGGAGUGGUGCGCCGCACGGGGGAGGAGUGGCUGGUGACUGUGCAGGACACAGAGGCCCACGUGCCAGAUGUCUAUGAGGAGGUGAUAGGCGUCGUGGCCAUCACCACCCUAGGCCCCCACAACUACUGCGUGAUCCUCGACCCGGUCGGACCCGAUGGCAAGAACCAGCUGGGGCAAAAGCGUGUGGUCAAGGGAGAGAAGUCUUUCUUCCUCCAGCCAGGAGAGAAGCUGGAACGAGGCAUCCAGAAGGUGUAUGUGCUGUCGGAACAGCAGGGGCUGCUGCUGAGGGCCCUGCAGCCCCUGGAGGAGGGGGAGGACGAGGAGAAGGUCUCCCACCAGGCCGGGGACCGCUGGCUCAUCCGAGGACCCCUCGAGUACGUGCCAUCCGCCAAGGUGGAGGUGGUGGAAGAGCGUCAGGCCAUCCCCCUGGAUGAGAACGAGGGCAUCUACGUGCAGGACGUCAAGACCGGAAGGGUGCGUGCGGUGAUCGGGAGCACCUACAUGCUGACCCAGGACGAGGUGCUGUGGGAGAAGGAGCUGCCUCCGGGGGUGGAGGAGCUGCUGCUCAAGGGGCAGGACCCUCUGGCCGACAGGGGCGAGAAGGACACGGCCAGGAGCCAGCAGCCCUCCGCUCCCCGGAACAAGACCCGCGUGGUCAGCUACCGCGUGCCCCACAACGCGGCCGUGCAGGUGUACGACUACCGCGAGAAGAGAGCUCGCGUGGUCUUCGGGCCAGAGCUGGUGUCGCUGGGUCCCGAGGAGCAGUUCACCGUGUUGUCCCUCUCGGCCGGGCGGCCCAAGCGUCCCCACGCCCGCCGCGCGCUCUGCCUGCUGCUGGGGCCUGACUUCUUCACCGACGUCAUCACCAUUGAAACUGCGGACCACGCCAGGCUCCAGCUGCAGCUUGCCUACAACUGGCACUUUGAGCUGAGUGACCGGAAGGACCCCCAAGAGGCGGCCAGGCUUUUCUCAGUGCCCGACUUUGUGGGCGACGCCUGCAAGGCCAUCGCGUCCCGGGUGCGGGGAGCUGUGGCCUCCGUCACCUUUGAUGACUUCCAUAAGAACUCGGCCCGCAUCAUUCGCACGGCUGUCUUUGGCUUUGAGAUCCCGGAAACCAAGGGGCCAGACAGCACGGCCCUGCCCCAGCCCCGGGACCGGGCCGUCUUCCCCCAGAACGGGCUGGUGGUCAGCAGUGUGGAUGUGCAGUCGGUGGAGCCCGUGGACCAGAGGACCCGGGACGCCUUGCAGCGCAGCGUCCAGCUGGCCAUCGAGAUCACCACCAACUCGCAGGAGGCAGCUGCCAAGCACGAAGCUCAGAGACUGGAACAGGAAGCCCGCGGCCGGCUUGAAAGGCAGAAGAUCUUAGACCAGGCAGAAGCCGAAAAAGCGCGCAGGGACCUCUUAGAGCUGGAGGCCCUGAGCACCGCGGUGGAGAGCACCGGGACCGCCAAGGCAGAGGCCGAAUCCCGUGCAGAGGCGGCGCGCAUCCAGGGCGAAGGCUCGGUGCUGCAGGCCAAGCUGAAGGCAGAGGCCUUGGCCAUUGAGACGGAGGCCGAGCUCCAGCGAGUAAAGAAGGUGCGAGAACUUGAGCUGGUCUAUGCCCGGGCCCAGCUGGAGCUGGAGGUGAGCAAGGCCCAGCAGCUGGCCGAGGUGGAGGUGAAGAAGUUCAGGCAGAUGACAGAGGCCCUGGGCCCCAGCACCAUCAGGGACCUCGCUGUGGCAGGGCCAGAGAUGCAGGUAAAACUGCUCCAGAGCCUGGGCUUAAAAUCAACCCUUAUCACAGACGGCUCCACUCCCAUCAACCUCUUCAACACAGCCUUUGGGCUGCUGGGGCUCGGGUCUGAGGCCCCGGCCCCGGCCCCGGCCCCUGCCCCUGCCCCUGCCAGGAAGGCGGCCGGAGCGCCCAUCACCCAGGAGGGCCUGCUUCCCCCUCCCACUCCCAUUCCUUCGGUUCUCCAAGGCAAUCAGAUUGUGCCUUAGCUCUGUCUGGCACUGACAAAUAAAACUGAUACCUCAGGGCAUUUAAA